CCUUUAAGAUUUAUGAACAUGGCGAAGGAAGAAAAGAUUGUGAUGAAAAAGCGAGGAGGGAGGGGGUGCCCUACAAAAUAAGGUACUUCCCAAGCAAUAGAACCAGCCCAGCCCCUGAAUUGGAUCCGAUCUUCUUCCAUUACAGGCCUGGAUCGAGCCCUCAAAGCAAAAUACAGUCUCUGUCUCUGUCUCUGUCUCUCUCUAGAACCCUAGAAGUUUCUCUCGUUGCAGAAAAGGGGGGAGGAGAGAGAGAGAGAGAGAGAGAUCGCGCGCACCCCCAUCGAGGAGAGGGAAGAGUCUGCGCCAUUCAAAUUGUGUGUCGCUCUGUCGUUGGCAUCCAGGGGCAUUGAAUGGCCCAGGUGGACCAGAAUUUAUGUAGAAGGAAAAACAAAAAAGGGAAGAAAGAGUUGGAAAGAAAAGAAAGGAAAGGAAAGGAAAGCGAAGAUGAUGGAUAUCGAGAUGUCUUCUAAUGUCCUCCAACCAAACCCACCUCUCACAAACAUCUUCAUCACUGUCUCUGAAAACAACAAUAUUUUGCACCGAGUUAUGUGGGCUUUUUUGGGUUUUAGUUGGCUCGGUCAGAGCUUCACAGAGAAAACAGGAAACCAGGAACCUUCACCCACCCCCCACCCCCUUCCUUCUCUUCCUUCCCAAUUCCCCCACCAAUUCCCAUCCAUUUCUCUUUUCUCUUUCUUCUCUCCCUCUUUCUCUCCCCAUCUGGGUUCUUAAUUUCCUUCCUUCAUUCCCAUCUAUGAAGAAGAUGAAAGGGGCUGCUGCUCUCUCCCAAUACCCUGUGUAUGAGGAUCCCAAGGCCAGAUUCAAGCAUCACGGUCUCCUCCAUGAUUAUCAGGUCUUGGAGAAGGAAACAGGAACUGUCAAGAGCAAAUUGCAGAUGAUGAAGCAAAAGAAGAUGACCUUGAUUGCAGAAGUCCGAUUCUUGAGGAAGAGAUAUGAGUACUUAAUGAACAACCAAUUGUCAACAAAGGAACAUUAUUCGAAUGGAGAUCUAAUGCAGCAGAAGCAAUUUCAUAAUAAUAAGAAGGGGAAGAAUGUUGCAAGAAGAAGACCUGCUUUGCAACCUGUCAUGGCUAUCUCUGAUAUAAACCAAAAGGAAAGAAUUGACAAAGGAUUCAGUGUUCCUCUCCAGAAUUCUACUCCAAUUCCUGUUCUUGACUUAAACCAGAAGGCAAAGACUUCUUCUAGGAAGAAAGCCAAUCAACAGAAUCCGACGCCCGUUUUCGACUUGAAUCAGAAGGAAAGAAUGUAUAGUGAGAGAGACAUCACUCCAUUUUUUGAUUUGAACCAAAUUUCGAUAGAGGAAGAGGAAUUGCAGACUCGUUACGAGCCAUUGAGUGCGGUUGAGUUGAAGAAAAGCCUUCUUCGAGGAGGGAACGACGAGCCGCAAAACGAUAUAAAGAUUUUGGCGUGCAGGGGCAUUGGAGAUGGUCCAAGUCGAGCUGGUAAGAGGAAGAUUUCAUGGCAAGACCAGGUUGCUUUACGGGUUUGAGCUCAUUUCUAUCUCUAGUGUCACUUAGAACUCUACUAUUUGUACAUGUAUUAAAAUUUAAACAAAGAAUGAUGAUGAAGAAUCGAAGUGGCAAUCCUUCAAUC